AUGUGCAAUGAUGAGCGGCCGGAUAAAUCUUGGAUGGAACUAAUUGGCAGCCUAGCUGCAGAUGACAUCACCGGAUUGACAACAGACCCUUAUGACUGUGGUUGGGAGAAAAGUUCUGCUGCUGAAUAUAUCACCCCAGGCCUGUGCAUACAGGAGAAUGGCGCUUGGAUGGAACUAAUCAGUGGCAUAGCUGCGGAUGACAUCGCCGGAUCACCGACAAUGGACCCUUAUGACUGCGGUUGGGAGAUAAAUUCUGCUGCUGAAUAUAUCGCUCCGGGCUUGUUCCCAGCAGAGCAAGCAGAUCUGUAUGACUGCAGAUGGGAGGAUCACAUGGACGUUGAAACACUGGGAGUGAAGGACUUUUCCCAAGACUUUGGAUGGGAGGGUGAUUCGAAGAAGGAAGGUCCAGCACAGGGUCUGCUGAUGGCCUCAUUGAUGACUCUUGGCGACAAAGAAGAAUAUCCAUACAACUGUGGAUCAGGGGAUCAGCAACAUGAUGCCACAGCAUCCAUCUCCAGUAUUGCAAUGGAGGACCUUUAUGAUUAUGGAUGGGAGGACGAAGAGGAUGGCAACCAUAUGUCCGAGGUUGCAAAUAUCGAGGACCCUUAUGACUGCAGAUGGGGAAAUGUUGAUACCAACAACCUGGAUGUUGUAUCCAGGCAUGACCCUUCAAGCAAACAAAUGGGUCACUGGAUGGACAGUCUGACACCAAUGUAUGGGCUCAAUAUAAUUGACCUAACAUCAUCAUCUGCAUCUCAUAGAUCAGAAAGCAAAAAAAUAUAUGAGCUGAUGAGUAUAGAGAUACUGGAAGUCAUCGACCUGACAUUGGACACUGGAUCUUGCACAGAAUCUUCACAUAUGGUGUCCCAACUCAACACUUUUCAGGAGGCUGGUCUGUUGAUGCAUCAUGCCAUCCAGCGACUGAACAGCAUCGGAACUCAUCAGCGGAAUGAGGAUGCACAGCAUAUGGUCAUGAAUAAUCUCUCUGGCACACACAACCAUUUUCCGGCAGGCGUGUUGAAGGUGAACCAGAGGCUCAUUGUUGCAUAUGAAGAAGCACAGGACAGAGUGACAGAGCUCAGUGAGGAUGUUGUUGCAAUCUACUGA